AUGAUUAGAUUAAUUAGAAGGGUUUCUACAAAAAAGCUAAAAGACUUGACGCACAAUGGACCUGCUAUAAUAAGUUGUAAAAACUCGGAAUUAAAUCAUUACACCAGAGCUAAAUAUGGAAAAUUCGAAGAAGUACCUUGGCUUCCAAAGGCUGGAAUCACAGAAAGUCCAGAGUUAACUCUGUCCAGUGCAACACUUCCUCAAAAUUUAGAUGAACUUUUAAGUGGCAUCAUAGCUCCUGAAUCGAUAACAUCCUGUACAUACAGAAAAUUUGCACAAGACUCAACCACAUGUACCGCAGAAAUUCAUGCGUAUGUCACAAAUGGCAAACCUACAGAAUUACUGAGAUUAGUAAAAUUUGAUUACCAAAAAAAAUACCCAGUGAUUAUAUUCUCAAAUAAAACCGAAACUUGCGAUUGGGUUUCAAUGUUCUUGAAUGAAAAUGGAUUACCUUGUGUUAACUUAAACGGAGAUAUGCCUUAUGUAUUCAGACUAAACACAUUUGAAAAGUUCAGAAGGGCGAACCGAUUAUAUUCAUCGAUGUGGAAGAACAGACGAACGGGUAGCCCUGAGGCUUGUCAUGUAACAAAUUUCAUUUCGAAACCGAGAGAAAUCGAACUGGUGCAACGGAUUGAGACAUCUGUACGUAGAAAGAAUACACUUCCAAAUGUUAAUGGAAAUAUAACGGUAUUGUGA